CAGAUAUCAAGGGACACGUGCGCGCACGUUUAACAGGGUAACAGCAUGGAAAGAGUACAACUAUGCGUGUCUCGUCGUCACAAAUAAUAUUGCGUCUUUAAAUUCAUAAUACGACGCUAGAACAACUAAAUUGCCUCUCUCUCUCUCUCUCUCUCUGUCUGUCUGUCUCUCUCUUUCUCUUUCUCUCUCUCUCUCUCUGUCUCUUACGUAAUCGACCAGCGGAAUCGCAGAAUAAUAUUUUGUUAACAAUGAUGUAUAUUCAGUGAAGUGACCUUACGAGUCUCAGUUUACGCGACAGAAUUUACGUGGGACCGACAACAAGUAAAACAGUCAUAUGCUAAUCGUUACGUUUCUUUGCGAGUUACAUCUCAAUUAAGAGAAAGAGAGAGAGAGAGAGAAACGGUGAUAUUAUUAAUUAAUGAAUAUAAAUUUAAUAGGAUAUAUUUUAGCAUUAAAAUGGUCGUAGAGAUAUGGUCGUAUAAUUGAUUCUAUAAAAUUUUUAGAAUCGCUCGAUUAAAAUUCGUCCGUUUAAAAUUAUUUGGCGUGAGAAUUUUGACAAAAUAAUUUUGGCAUCGUCGUUAUAUUUCACAUGGUUCGCUAAAUUUAUUAUGCCUAUCUAACGAAGAUGCGUUUAAGAAAAUAAAGAUGAUAUUUAUUGUAAAGGAUAUAUUUUAUAAUAACGAUCGGAAAAACAUGGUUCUGCGCUUACCACGUGACUACCCUUCGUUACUACGGUACAACGGUAAUGAGAAAAUACGACCAGGUGGAUCCCGUGAAUUCAUGAAUUGGGUCUUGGCCUACUACCUACAUCAAUCUUUAACUUCGGAGCCCUUUGUAAGGGUACCUCAUUCCGGCACGCGCAUAAUUGGUCCCGAAUUGGCUCGAGCUGAUUAUUUCAUUCCUGUGGACUUAAUGGGCGCCAGAGGGCGUUGAAGCGAUUCAGAUAAGGGCUUGGCGUACAGCAGAUGCGUGCUAUGCCUGCGUGAGGUGGGUUCGAGCCUCUUAAAUCAAGAUAUCAAGUUGUUUGUUUUAAGGCGAUUUAAGUCAUUACCAAGACUCGAUGACGCGCAAACAAGAUGCAUACGUGAUGUAUAUAGAUUAAAAAAAGUAAGAUUACUUUGCAGAAAGAUCGAUCCAAGCGAUAACAUUGAUGUACCUGGUCGAAAAAAUGCAAUCACUGUAUCCUGCUGCGAGGAAGACAUUUUUCUAAGAAAAACACGACGCUAUUUCAUUGACAAAACAGUGAGUUGUCAAGUUAAACGAGUUUGGAGUCCCGUUUGCGUCGUACCUGUGUCUACGUUAGUUGAAUAUCAAAGAGAAGGACGAAUAGAAAAAGUUCAACGAUUUGUCGGAAGAUAAUUUAAAGAAAAAGAAAAAAAAAAAGAAGAAAAGUUUUUAUCUAGAAAAAAUUCGGUAUUAUUAAGUUUCUCAUUCGAAGUGCUCAAUAAUAAUGUGCAUUUGUACGUGUGCAUGGGGAUGAAAAGAAUAAAAGCGAAAAAGGAAACAUGAAGAGGAAACUCGAUGGAGGGUCGAGAAUGACUACACUCCUUUCAAGAUGCUCGCCUUGGCGGCGACUGAUGGUGUCUCGUGUGGGGUAGUACUUGGUAGUGGGGGUAGUAGGAUUCGGCUGCUGGUGUAACGUGGAGGGGGAAGAGCGCACCUAUGCCGGCACGGAACUCGGAAGAGUAUCGUGCUCUCAGCGGUAUUCGCUUGCGAGCCGCCGUUAGAAGCGGAUCGCGAAUUUGCGGACGCUCGUACUUUAGUACUUUGCACGUCGCGAAUUAUUAUUUAUUAAAACGAAUAUUAUUAUCGUUUGAUUUUAUUCUCUCUCAGUACGAUCGAUUUAGCAAGAAAAAAAGAGAAAGAUUUUUUUUCUCACUCGAAUAUACGUUUGAGUAGAUUUUUGAUCUUUCUUUUUUUUUUGUUUUUUUUUUUUUUCAUUCUCUCUUCUUUCCUUUUUUUACUUUUUUUUUUUUCUCCAUCAUUAACACGUCAAGUUUGACAGUUAAGUUGUUAGAGAAGGGAAGAGAAAUUAUCUAGUGGAAAGAGAAUUGUUAGAAAUUAUUGCGGUGGAAUAUUAGAAGGAAAAUAGGAGAGAAUUUUUAUAAGAGAAAUAGAAAAAGAUAAGUCGAAGAUUUUGAGAAAAGCUAAAAAAAGAAAAAGAAAAAGAAAAAAACGUUGACUGGUUGACCGGUAGAGCGCGAAACGGUGUACCGGACGGCUCGCGAUAAAAUUCACGGUGGAAAGUGCUACACGCUCCGAUUCACCGUGCGUUAUCCGAAGAAACAGAAGCAAAGGAAGGAAGGAAAGAAGAAAGAAAGAAAGAAAGAAAGAAAGAAAGGAAGGAAGGAAGGGAGGAGAGGGAGGGAGUCACGCUCGUCGAAGAGAGACGCGUCUAGUCGCGAGACUAACUCAAAGAACAGAACCGAUCUUCUUCCAGACGGCUCCAAAGUUGCGAUAGAGCUCUGUGGAAAAGCUCGCGUUCGAUGCGCCCCACUCCCGGUUUGCUUAUCUCGCUCGAAGACGGCCAGUUUUGUUUCCGUCUCGGAAUUUUUCGGAGGACGUUCCGAGUUAUUGCAUUUGCUUUACGACGAUUUCUAAUCUUAGAAAAUUUACAAGAAGAACAUUAAACUCUUAACACAUCGCAUUUGGAAUCAUUUGGAGAAAUCAUUACCGUCAAGAUGAUUAUUGGAUUCGUUCUGAUACCUUUAAUCUUCGCCAAUAAUAUUUAUUGUCAAAACAAUAGCUUGAUCUCAAGUGAGGUCCUUCAAGAUUACGAUCCGCAAUUCAUGGUUGGCUGUUAUUUUCCUGCGGAAUACCAGGGUGAAUUCGUGACGCAGGUGAGCGGUAAGGACAGCAACAUUGGCACAACGAACGAGCCCAUUCAAUACUCGGCCAUUAACAUCACUUACAAUGCUAUCCCGGUCUGGGGUUAUUGCCGUAGAAGAGUCGGUGAAAAUGUUCUUUUAAUGGACAGGUACGGGGACGGCGAUUGUAUUCGUUGUUUUCGGCUAAAGCGAAGAUCUCGCAAUGUUAUCGAAGUGUUCUCGGAAGAUCUUAACAGGUGUUAUACUUCUGAAUCAGCCGCCAUCGCAUCGUGCGAAACUCUGAACUCCACGUCCAUUCUUUACCGUACGAAGGAAGUUGGUGGUGCGUCGAUUAGAAAUGAAUACUGUCCUAUCGUAGGUGGAUAUCAUUUCAAAUACAGCGUUAACGAUGGAUCAUCGGUAUCAACCGAAUGCAAUUCCUUCUUAUCGGAUCUUCAUAACUGUCCUGACGGAUCGGUUUUGCAUUUAAAGUUCAAUCGUUGCACCUUCGAAUCACGCGAGCUCAGCUUCAAUUGUCUGGGUAGCUGGCCCGGUGGCCCUUAUGGGUCAACGUAUGUAGCCUUGAUGGACAACGAUGCGGUUAAAGAAAAUCGUCCUCAGUAUCGUUGCGGCUUGUUCCACGUUGAUAACAAAAAAGGAAGAACAUAUAUGGCUUUCAGUAGCGAUUCUAGUUGUACACAAAAUUUAGAUAAUUCUACAAGCGGAUACGAGACAUUCGUUCUAAGCAAAACAGCUAAUCAAAAGGCAAUACCAAAUUAUGUGAAAACCCAUGUAGCAACAUUUCCAAAGUGGGCACAGGGUUUGUGGGAAGAGUCCCUGAUCGUAAAUGGUACAAUGACUUUCACCGAUCUCAACGGAUAUAACAGUUACACUUUCGUUACGGUAGAAUCAAACGAUGAAACUGGACGUUACGUAGUCUAUUCAAAGGAUCAUUGCGAGAACGAAGCUUACGUAUGCUUAAUGAUGAGACAACGUAGUGAAAACGUAUUAGAAUUCACGAUAGGGAUGGUAAUGAGUCCAGUUUAUCAGAGUUAUUUGUGCGAUGAUUCGAACUUCGACAAACCAGUGUGGAUGACUCAAGCGCGUAUUGAGCGAAUAGUAGAAUCACCAUGUCCAAUAACAGGACAAUAUACGGGAAGGAUAACCGACUUAUCGGGCAUGUGUGCAGAGUUGAGUAGCAAUUGCAACACUCGAGAGAUAAUGUACUAUAAAGUUUAUGACUGUGAGUCCGAAGAACUCUAUGAAGAACGGACAUAUUUGUGCUUAGGACAGUGGGAAGAGAAAGGUGUAAUGUACACCUACACAAUGAGAAACGAUACUGGUACGAAGGAAUGUUUUGUUGGUUUGAUCGUUAACGACGAAGAGAUAUAUAUUAAGGAAGCAGGUGAUCAUUGCAUUAGAGAUAUAGAUCCUAAGGAGCAAGGAAUGAGAUUGUAUAAAAAAGGACAAUGUUAUGGAAAUUCUCCUAGUCCUGCACCAACGCCAAUGAAACCGAUUCCACGCAAUCCUAUAUUGAGUACAACUCCACGAUCUAGAUUUUCUGGUGGAACCACAAGAAGACCAGGAGGAAGCGUUACGUCUUCCGCAUCAUCGAAAAGUCUCCAAAGUUAUGAUUUUAUUUUUGUAAUGGUACUUGCCGUUUUUCUUAGAAUAUUUAAUUUCACAUAAUGGAUGAACGAUACUUUCAUUUUAGGAGUGAAUAACAAUGACCCAAUUAGAUAACGAAACUCUAUAUUUACAUAGGCUCGAUGAACGUUUUAUUCUCGACUAAUUAAAUAAGGGAUCGUUUGUAAGUAGAGAAUUGCAAUAUUUAACAUGAAACGCUAUACAUACAUACAUACAUAUAUAUAUAUAUAUAUAUAUAUAUAUGUAUAUAUACAUAUAUGUAUAUAUAUGUAUGUAUAGCGUUACGCAUUAUCGUAAAAAGUGUAGAAAGUUUACAAUGCAUUUUUAUAUUAAACUAACAUAUACUUUACUUACGAGACACGAACUAAACGAAAUGUAGCAAAAUCAAAAUGCAUCAAAAAAUCUUCACUGGGAAGUUCUUAAAA